AGGGGGGGUUCGGGGGGAGGGGGGAACCUGCAGCGCCUCCGCCGAGGGUGCAAAGGGCGCUGGGGCUGGGAAUGCAGCUCUCCCGCCUCCCGCGUCUGGCUCCCCGGAGGGCUCGGGGUUGGAUCCGAGGCGCAGAGGGAACAGCUUCAGAACAUCUCAGACUAAGGAACUCUCAACUGUGCGGAGAAGAACAUCGAAGAUGGACAAUUUUUCCUUCCCUCUCAUUGGAAAGGAUUUAAAAAAGAACUAAGGUGGCAGAGGUUUUGAGUUCAUCUUCAGGAUGAAUGAAUUUAGUUCAGGAGACAAGCCAGAAGACGACCUGCAGCCCUUAUUUGUCAGCGACAAAAAUGGAAACACUUAUGCAUACCGCCCCAAACCCCCACCUCCGCAGAGCUGUUCGGCAGGCUGUUGGCAUUCUGCCAACCCAGACGACAUGGUGGUGGAUUACGAAGCCAACGCUGCUGCGGACGGUGGUGAAAACAUGGCCUUAACCCCCCAGUGUGUCGAAGAACUUGAUCACCAAAAGGCUCCAAGUGAUUUCUCUGGCCCCGCACACGCUGUAGUCACAGGGGAGCCCAGGUACCCGCGUAGCUGCUGUCAUUCCCUACGGUCCCCUCAGGGCCAGAGUGAGGAGACAUCUCCGCCUUUUGCGUGGGAACCCCAGGAGGGCGAUUGGAGCUGUGCAGACUGCCCAGAUGCCUUGCAGCUAAACCAGACCUUUGACAUGAGCGUGGAUAACGCUGCCUGCGCCUUUGCAAAACACUACGCCGUGGGAAAGAGCCAGUCUUUGCACGCCUCUGGGAGCCUGCAACCAACUGGCAUGAGAAGUGGAAAUACAUCUCUAUCCUGUUCUGUUCGCCCAUCUUCCCAUUCUGAUAAGACACACGUGACAGGGACGAGUUAUGAUAGAAGCGUCUUUAAAAGCCCUGUGGCCACAGCCUCAGAGGCCCAGGGCACAACGUACACAGCGUUUUCUGAGGUGCUGAUGCAAACUGAGGCUUUUGUUCCCGAUGCUGGAAAUGCCUGUCCGUAUUCUUCAGGAAAUGUCACCAGUGAGUACACAGAUGGGCCACAGCAAAGACUAGUUGGAGAAAAAGAGAUACACACUCUGACACCAGUUUCUGAUGGCAUGGAUGUUCCCAGCGGGUCUGCAGUAAAGGAGUUCUUUUGUUUAUCUAACGAUGAACCACAUAGUGAGACACAUUCAGCGAGCUCAUAUGGGCCAAAGGAAAUGGGCCAAAAUCUAGGAGAAACAGUGUCUGGUUGUCUUAUCGAUGACGAAUGCCCUUGCCUGGUGCCAGCUUUUGAUAACAGCACAGCCCCAGUGCUGUGCCCGGAACCCAAAGUCACCGGGGCCGAACACACACAGAUUGCCCCCCAUGAAGAGGACCUGGAAAUCCAAAAUCAUACCAUAGAACUGGCCCCAGGUAGCCCCCCUGGACAUUCACUUGAACUGACUUGGGAUGAAAACGAUAUGGUCAUUAGCGCAAAUGACACCAUUUGCAUGUCCACGCCAAUCCCCAACCCCCUGAAUGCAACCUUUUUUGUUUCCCCCGUCGAGGCGACGGAGAAAUGUAGUAACCUGGAGAAGAGUCACCGAGAACUUUCUAAACCGAACCUAGGAAAGCCAACCACCAAAGCAAAUACCCCGAUCGGCAGCAAAGUCAGAAAGAACAAAAUCAUAAGUUACCCAAGACCGAACUUCAAGAAUGUCAAAGCAAAAGUGAUGUCGAGGCCUGCAUUGCAGUCCCACGACCCUGCUUUGUCAAAGGUCACACCCAGACCCCAGCUGACCAGUGCCUCCUCAUCCCCCUCGUCGGUGUCUUCCUCGAGACAGUUGACAGUGCUGAGCAAAACACGGAGAUCCGACUUGAACGCAGACACGAAAACAGAAACCCCAAUUAACAAGACCCAGAAGCAGCAGUUGAAUAAACUCAUCACGAGCCAGGCUGAGCGUGUUGCAACUCAUUCUAAAAAUGCUUCCCACAAGGUUGCAAGAACAACACCUGCCCUGAAAUCGAAUCGGGAAGAUGUUGACAAAGCCAGUUCUUCUAAUUCGGCUUGUGAGCCUGGGUCCGUGGCUUCGUUUCUCCAGAAGUGCAGGGGCCUGUUCUCGGUGACCAUGGAAAGCCCGGAGUGCUUGGAAAUGACGUAUGUGUCCAACAUCCAGAGGACUAGCCCUGAAGAGAAGGGCGAACAGGAAAAUGGGGCCCUUCUGGAAAAACAAGACCUAAAGAAGGACAUUUUGAAUGAGACCUUUGAGUAUGGGUCUCUGUUUUUGGGUUCUGCUUCAAAAACUGCCACCCCCGCAGGGAGGAAUACACCCAAGCCCGACGCUUCCAGUCUGCGGAUAACACCUGGUCCGAAAGCCAAAGUGGGCCCUUCUGCUUCCUGCUUGAGGUGCACCAGCAACAGCAGAACGCUCAGUGCUGACCGGACCUUAUCUUACCAGAGGAUCAGGCGUGCGGCCGGUUCUGGAAAACCUACAUCUUUGAAAACUGCACAGCCGUCUUGGGUGAAUUUGCCUCGACCGCUUCCUAAGUCCAACGCAUCCUUGAAAAGCUCUGCGCUCCGGCGGACAGGCAGCCCCUCCUCCAUCGCCAGCACCCACAGUGACCUGAACGCUUACAGCAGCAAUUGUAAUUCAGGCUUGGAGAGGUUGUCGCCGGGCCAGGGGCACUCAGCCAGCGUGUGAACAGAAUUGAGGACGCGCUUGCGGAGGAUGUGGCAUUGAAUUAAUGAGCGCAUUUCCGAGAGCUCACUUAGCAGCAGGAGCUCGUCUGGUGUUAGGAAGGAGCGGGAUACCAGAACUCUAGGAACGCCGGAACAUGUUACUUACAAUGGAACGGGAUUCCUCUCUGCUUAUUGUCUGGACUUGACGUUGUAGCAUGAAAUCAGAGGGGCUCGCAGGGAGCAGAGAAUUAGGCGUUUGGAAAGGUGAUUCGCACGUGUGUUAUGUCAAGGCCAUUGCACUUGCCACUUCCUCUGUGUGCAACGCGAAUGUUAACCAUCAGCAGCAUCAGCAGCGUGCUCUCGGGGGACCCGCGACGCCGGAAUCUGUGACACUGGAGGCAGACGCUCUGUAGUGUCACCACCCAGCCUUUCCCACUGACAGCCAUGUUGACAUGGCCACCGGUUCCGUGGCGAGGCUGACACUCCUGAGGAGGGUGUACAAUGCUUUUGUCCUCUCCUUUUUGUCUUGUAACAAAGGGCUUUUCCCUCCACCCACCGAGCCUGCCGAGCAAGCGGCGAUGUGUCCCUGCUGCAGAGUAAGCGUCCAGAUCAGUGAGUCUCUUUCUCAGUGGGAUUUGCUGGCUGGUCUGAUCUGUUCUGUGCAGUGCCCUGGAGCUUACAGAUACCGCCCCCCAAUUCCAGUUCACUGAGAGCAAGCGUGAAGGAUAUGGGAGCGAACAUGGCUGCAGCUUUUCCUGCCUGAGCUUGCUCUGACCCAUUUAAAUGACUGUACCAGGAGGAUUUCGCAGUUGCACAGAAACGGAUGUCUCUUCCAACAUCUUUAUCAACUCGACACUCACCCCGCCGGCCGGCUCAGAGAGGCACUACGAUGCUACUCUACUGACACUGCUGGUCCUGGGAUCCUACAGCCUUUGUGUGGCUCCUUUGUUAGCCUCGCUCACUGGGAACAGAAGUACGUCGGUGAUUUCUGGUUUGAUUCUUCUCUUUGUAAGCAUGCUCUCAGUUCUAUUCAGUACAUCGAUCUAGCACCUUUUGCUAUUUUUGUAACUUGGAAUGUAUCUUAGUUGCAGUGUUUCUCGGACAUAUUUUAAGUUGUCAUUGAUUCCGUCCAGAACCAAUUUUAUUGUAUAUUGUGUGUGUUUCCGAACUCCACAUAAAUCAGCAGCACCGUCGAUGUUCUUGGCACAUGGAAUUACUUCAUUUUCAAAGGUUAUCUGAUGGUCUCCUUUCCAGUUAAAUAGCUAGCGGAUUUUGUGUGUGUAGCUGAUAGUUGUACGAGUAUAAAAAUGUUUUUGUACAAUUAAAGUGAAAA